GAGAACCCCAAGAGGGCCCAAGAACCAUUUUUGGCUCAAGAACCGCCGGCCCAAAGUAGCUGGCGCGGCCCGCGCCUCCGCACACCCGUGGGCUCUUGUGCUUGGCCGGUGCGUGUGCAGGACCGGCGCGGCGGGAUGGGCCGAGACAGGCGCUCUCCGCGCCCAGACGCCGCAGGCAGCGCGAGGCGCUCUCCGCGCUCUCCGCGCCCAGACGCCGCAGGCAGCUCGAGGUCCUCCUCGCGAUCCUCCAGGAGCUCAUCUCCGGCCCCACGCCUGAGGCCGGCGACCACGCAAGGCAGCAUGCUGCAGUUCGUUUCGGACGCCGUGGGCGGCCUCGGCGAGGGCGGCGGCCUCACCGCGGCCGAGGAGUCGGCCGCCUACAAUGCGCUCGACAACGUGGAGAGGCGAGCGGACAGGAACCUCCAGGCAAGCAACGCGGCCAUCGAGGCGCACAUCGGGGCGCUGUCCGACCGGGUGGCCAAGAUGGAGAGGAGCGUGCACAAUUCCCAGGCGUGGCACCCCGCGGCGGACGCCGGCGCCACGCGGGCGCCGUCGACGGACGAGGACAUGGGGUCCUUGCCCGCCGUGCCCGAGGAGGGCGACGACUACGGCGCCGAGGCGGAGACGGAUCCCGAUAGGCAGCAGGCCGCGUACGCUGAUUUCCUUGACCUGACCCAGAGGAACAUCAACUGCGUCGGUGUGCACGCCUGGGGCAUGUCCGCCGCCACGCGGCAGGGCGCCACGUGCUGCGGCAGGUGCUGCGCCCUGGUGCCGUCUGCCCUGCUCCUGCUGCUCCAGGCCAUCGUGCUCCACUCCGUCAGCCUCGAGGCCCUGAACCCCACCUGCGUCCGCAACGAGGACUGCCCUUCGGGCACCUGGUGCUCGCCCAGCUGGAGCCUCGGCGGCUACGAGGCCCUGCCGGGCACGUGCGACGACUGCUUGUGGGCCACGCAGCUCCACGAGACCAGCAGGCUCGACGUGGCCCUGGACGCGGCGCAGGUCCCGAUACACUACGCGGCCCUCCCCGUGCGGCUCGGCCCGGGCGCCUACGAGGAGCUCUCCUACGCCGGUCUUUCCGCUGCCGUGGAACACUGCGCCGCGCACGCGGUGGACAGGUGCGACUUCAUCCGGGACUUCAAAGACUCGCUGACCCUGGGCACGGUCAUGGUCUUCGUCUUCGUGCUCCUGCUCCUGCUCUUCUCCAUCGUGCACGACCUGGACAAGGCCGGGCAUACGCUAAACGUGUUUGAGUACCGCCUUCAGGGCUGCGACCCGGUCAUCAGGAUGUUGGUCACCGCCGUGGCCUCGAUGAACUUCAACACAAGGAGAUUCGUCCUCCCGGGCAUUGUCGUGCACGCCUACUUUGCCCUCGUACUGGCCGGCCCCGCGACCCCAGGGUUUGCGCAGCCCGUGUAUUUUCUUUUCUGCGGGGUCUUUGUCGGCGUGAUCUACCACGCCGAGAGGUUCUGCACCACGGUGUUCCUUAGCAAGGGGGCCGUAAAGCUCACCCGCGAGGCGUUCGCGGACGAGGCGGCACGGGGCGCCAUCGAGCGAGUCAAGGGCCCGCUGCACGCGCGGGCGCUGGCGUUUUGGGACCACCGCUUCUACGCCAUGUGCCUCGGAGCGUUCUCGUUCCUCGUGGUGGUGUUCACCGAAACGUUCAUGGACGCCGUGCCUCUGUUAGAUGUCCCAAGAAUCUUCAAUGCUGGCAUAUUCAAGGAAGUGCCCGGAGACGCCAACAAUUGCACCAACGUCAUUAUCAUGCUCGCCGUCUCAUCGACAAUUGCUGUGUUGUGUUACACUUUUGUCUGGACAUGUGCUUACCUGUUGACGACCAGUUGUUGCCGUUGCAGUUUGGGUGUGAUCCUCGCGCCGUUAAAUUGCAUUAUGUGGAAUGUUGCUCUUUGGAUGGCACUGUGGACGGUGGCGUACGCGCCCGUGCUCAAACCCACAUGAUGACCGGCGCCCUCUGUCAAGCAUCCAAUUAUAUGUUUGGUAGCUCUCUCGUCUCUCUCUCUCUCUCGUAUCCUCCCGUCCACCUUGGCGCCUUCACGACUGGCCAGGACAAUAUUCCCGGCACGUUCUGAGUAUCCAGAUGUCUGCGGCUAACCCCGCCACCGCGCCUUCGCUGCAAUAAAACACGUGCAGGCUCGCUCUGCCCAUCUCUCCCGACGGGAUUUUGGCGGCCUCUUGGGGCGAUGCUGGGUGCUCCUGAAGGCCUGCCGUGCCAAUUUGAAUGAUUCUACA